GAAUAUAUUUAGUUGUUCGUCGUAUAAAAAAACAGAAAGUGUAAUGAUAACUGAAACAAUGAAGAGGAUACAUGUAGUUUUGUGUUUUCUCUUACUUACAUCAUGGUUAUCUAGCACAGCUGGUCGGCAAUGUCCAUCUUGCCUACAUGUAAACUCAAACGAAGAUACACCCACUAUCAUACGAGUCGCUCUAAGUACAAACCCUGUCUUGAAGAUGUUUAAUGAUACAGAAUGUGUGCUAGAUGUGACAAAACGCCAGUCAGAGAUUCGUAUGGAUACGUGUGAAGACAUGCAAGGGAAAUUAGCACAAUGUGGUUACUACAACGGAGUUGUUUAUCUCAAUAUAUCCGGAAUUGCAACAUCGGUUCCGAUAAAAAUUAUUCAGAGAGAUUGCUACUACUUUGCACGGGCAGAUGCGCCUCCGUUUGGAUGUCGCUACCGCAGAAAUGAAAAGGAAGAUAUCAAUCUUGUACAAAAAACUUUAGAGCUUGCAGCUUCACAAGUUGACAAUUAUCUUCUAAAAACUGUUGUAGUAGUGAAAGUUGAAGGAGAUCUUUGCCUUAAUGCAGAAUCAACCUCGGUAGAAACAUCUACUAGUAUAUCUUCAAUGAACGAAGGUUCUGGUGUAAGCAAAGGAGUGGUGCUGAGAUGCGUCUUGUUCGUUUUGUUUACGUUUAUUUCCAUUUAAUGCCUGGGUCAUACGGACAGUUUCCAAGUUUGUCUUUUACAUGUUCACAAAGUUUGGUAAAAAUGAAAUUAUUUAAUUUA